GUGCUGGAGGGGAGGAGACGGCGCGCGGGACGUGGAGGAAUGGCCUGACUUUCCUGGUUAAACCAUCACGAGCCAUGGAUGCCCAAGGGCGGCGCGCCCCCCAGUAGGAAAUGACUGCGACUCUGGACCCUCAGCGCCCGAGCGUGUCUCUGUAUUUACUGAGUGUCUACUGUGUGCCAGACACCAGAUCUAUGUGCAUAGGAAAACCCUGGAAGGUCACAGCACAGUGGUUGUCUUUGCUUGCUGAGAUAACAGGGGUCUCAACCAUAUAUAUUUGCUGCUGUCUGCUUCUAAACACACUCAGAACAAGAGGAACUUUGGACUAAUUUUUUGACUACCGAUACCUUCUAAACAUGAUGCACUUUAAGAGUGGACUCGAAUUAACGGAGUUGCAAAACAUGACGGUGCCGGAGGAUGAUAACAUUAGCAAUGAUUCCAAUGAUUUCACUGAAGUAGAAAAUGGCCAAAUAAAUAGCAAGUUUAUUUCUGAUCGUGAAAGUAGAAGAAGUCUCACAAACAGCCAUUUGGAAAAAAAGAAAUGUGAUGAAUAUAUUCCAGGAACAACCUCCUUAGGCAUGUCUGUUUUUAACCUGAGCAACGCCAUCAUGGGCAGUGGGAUUUUGGGACUUGCCUUUGCCCUGGCCAACACUGGCAUCCUCCUUUUUCUGAUACUUUUGACUUCGGUGACAUUGCUGUCUAUCUAUUCAAUAAACCUUCUGUUGAUCUGUUCCAAGGAAACAGGCUGCAUGGUUUAUGAAAAGCUGGGAGAACAAGUCUUUGGCACCACAGGGAAGCUGGUAAUCUUUGGAGCCACCUCUCUACAGAACACUGGAGCCAUGCUGAGCUAUCUCUUCAUAGUAAAAAAUGAACUCCCCUCUGCUAUCAAGUUUCUCAUGGGAAAAGAAGAAGCAUUUUCAGCCUGGUACGUGGAUGGCCGAGUCCUGGUGGUCCUGGUGACAUUCGGUAUCAUCCUCCCUCUGUGUCUCUUGAAGAACUUAGGGUAUCUUGGCUAUACUAGUGGAUUUUCCUUGAGCUGUAUGGUUUUUUUCCUAAUAGUGGUUAUCUACAAGAAGUUUCAAAUUUCCUGCGGUGUUUUGGAGUUAAAUUCAACAUUAAGUACUAAUUCAACAAACACUGACACGUGCACGCCAAAGUAUGUCACCUUCAACUCGAAGACCGUGUAUGCUUUACCAACCAUUGCAUUCGCAUUUGUCUGCCACCCAUCGGUCCUGCCAAUCUACAGUGAGCUUAAAGACCGAUCCCAGAAAAAAAUGCAGAUGGUUUCAAAUAUCUCCUUUUUCGCCAUGUUUGUCAUGUACUUCUUGACUGCCAUUUUUGGCUACUUGACAUUCUAUGAAAACGUGCAGUCAGACCUCCUUCACAAGUACCAGAGCAAAGAUGACAUUCUCAUCCUGACGGUGCGGCUGGCUGUCAUUGUGGCCGUCAUCCUCACAGUGCCGGUGUUAUUUUUCACGGUUCGCUCGUCUUUAUUUGAACUGGCUAAGAAAACCAAGUUUAAUUUAUGUCGUCAUACCUGGGUUACCUUCAUACUUUUGGUCAUUAUCAACCUGUUGGUGAUCUUCAUACCCUCCAUGAAGGAUAUUUUUGGAGUCGAGUUACGUCUGCUAAUAUGCUUAUUUUCAUUCUUCCUUCAUCUCUUUAUUUAAAAAUCACAAACCAGGAUGGAGAUAAAGGCACUCAAAGAGUUUGGGCGGCCCUCUUUUUGGGGCUAGGGGUGUUGUUCUCCUUGGUCAGCAUUCCCCUGGUCAUCUAUGACUGGGCCUGCUCUUCAGGUAGCAAUGAAGGCCACUGAGACCAGCUGAGAAGAGAAAAGCAUUCUGGUCUGCUGCUCACCACAUCAUCACACAUCAACAGCCCCUCGUCACUUCUCUUGCAAGUUUACAGAAGCAAACAAAUGUUCAAGAUACUUAAAAUGGAAUAACACUUUGGUAGCAAAACAGAGACCUGUUUCUACAAUGGUUCAUGUCCUUCAAGACUUGAGAUCUAUUUAGGGAUUGCAAAAUUUUUUUUGGGGGGGGUUAAAUUUCAUGUAAUCAUCUUUUCCAGUACUUUUCAUAACUGAUUAUUUUUCACUCUCCUAACUCCGUGUUUUGUGGCUUCAUAGUCUCUUAAGACUUUAAAAACAUGAUCAGCCAUCAUGUUCAUUUAUUAGACAUGCAGAUUCUGAAAUGAUUUUCCUACUGAUGUUCAGCUCACACUAGCUGUAUCUUUUUAGAAGAGAAAAGAAUCUUGAAUUGUAUAUAUUUAUUUUGCUUUACAGAAAAAAAUGGUUUCAUAAAUAAUUUGCCUAUUUUGGUUAACACAGCACACAGGGAUAAUUGUAGGAGAAUCGCAGGGCACGUGCCAUUGCUGGAUCUGAGUAUGCCCAAUAUUUGAGGCAGCUCUGAUCACCUGGCAGCCGAACUUGGGCCUUCCAGGGCUUUCAGGGACUCCAUCCCCUCCCACUCAGAGACAGUCCCUGUGAAUGUCCUCAGCUGAGAAGGAUGGGGAUGGUACCUUGAUAAAUCUAUUUAACUACACAUUUGGGUAAUCUAGCAAGGUUUCAUUUUCCUCUUGGCAUCCUGUGUCAAAGUUUGUCUAGUCUGAAUCUACUACUGUGCUACCUGCAGUGAAAAGAGAAUCCAAAAUGCCUAAGAAAAUAUUCCUCUGAUGCAGAUGGCCUUCAACCCUGCACCUGUGUUGUUGAAGGGGAAACUUAGACUAUAAGCCCAGCAGCAUUUAGUGAUUUCCACCAGCUUUUUGCAACAGAAAGUAAUGUGUCCCUAACUAAGGAUGAUUGAGGACAAGUCAUUCCUGUUUUAUAUCGGAUACCUAAGGGGAGUCUUUAAAAAAGACUUGUUUUAUAUCUAUAAAUCUAGGUUAUUACAAAUACAAGAUUUUUGUACCUUAAAUAAGCCUCAUUUCUAUUUCUUCUCCGUUAACUCUCCAUCCCAUCUUGAAAAGAAACCCUCAGAGAUAGUCUUUGUGAAGAGCCUCUUCUGAAAUCACUGUGUACCCUCCUGUCCCCAGACAGGAAAGACAAGAAGGCCUCAUUGUCUGUGCUGUCUCCUCUCCUCUUCCUACUGCUGCCUGUCCAGUGUGACCCACACUUGAAGACAGAGUUGCCCCAUGCUCUUACCCCAGUCUCUCCUAAAGGAUGCAGAGGAAAAUUAUGAAGACUGAAAAUGAAGAGUUUGGGACAAGCUAGCUGGGAGAGGGAUGGGGGAUGCCAAGGGAACCCAGAACAGCACCCCUACCUGUGACUGGGCCAGCCAUACCCAUGUGUGCUAAGCUGUGUGCAUGCUCUGUGAGCUGUUCUCUGGAAACAGGUCUUGUGUUUUAUCUACAUGUGUUGAAUUCUCCAAACACAGAAGUUCACUGAGCACAGAUUUCAUAUCUGUAGAUAAGCAGAAUCUUACCGUCUUAUAGACGGUUGGCAGAGUUUCCAGGCACUUAGCUCUGGAUUCUGUUCCUUUCUGACUCCUGUCCCCAAAGGCCUUCACUCUCACCAAAAGUCACAUGGAACUGACCCCUCCUCUUGCAGACUAAUGUUCUACAGAUAAGCAGGCUUCAAAGCACCUGCUGCCAUUCUCUUGGGGGAGAAUGAAAGGUUAUUUCCUGCAUUGCAUCAUCAUAGCUUUCAAUAUAGUACUACAGAAUUACAUCUACGUCAGGUCCAGGGUUCAGGCAGUUAGAUUUGAACACGUAACUGAGCUAUGGAUACCUAACCUAGUAAAAUCUACAACCAGGUCUGUCUUUUUCAAGUGUUUUCCACAUUACAGAAACCAAACAAAACAAGGUUCAGUCAGCCUUUGGAGAUGCUUAGAGACCAGGAAAUGAAAUCGUCAGGUAGUUGGAUAACCCUACAUUUAAAAAAAUACAUGAUUUAGUUUGCAAGUUAUACGAUGCUCUUUUCUAUAACGUUCAUCUUACAUUCACAAAGUGAAUUCAAAAAAUUAUUAACUCUGGGAUGUUGUAGUCAUGGUUUUGGAUCUCUGGAUUUUAUGUGACAGUACCAGAAAUUUAUUAUUUAAAAUAUAUUUAUUUAGAGGAAGCACAUUGUUAUAGAUGUCUGUGAUACCACCUGUUUUUUAAAACCUUCUUUGUGUGUUUACCUAAGUUUGUUUUUUGAACAUAAUAGACCCUAAUGCCUAUCCAAUAUCACUGUUUCAAUCCUUGUUUGUUUGGAAUUAAGUAUAAAAGUGUAUUGCUCUUGUUAUCCUUGUUCAGAAUAGUGAACUGGUAGCCAAAACAUACAUGUAUCACAGAUGUUAGGUAGAGUUUAAACAGCACGGUCACGUGCUAUAGACAUUUCUCUGCUAAAUUAGUAGAUUAAAGAAUCUUACACGUUAGCCACUGGAAGCAGCACGUUUUCCUCUAGUAGAUAGGAUCUCUACACUAGUGAACAGUGUCAGCUUUGUACUUUGGAGCUAGAACUAUCCUCAAGUUAUUGUAACAGAAUACUGUAAAUCUCUAAUUAGUGUUACUGUUGGAGGUGGGGGUAACAAAACACACACAGGAAAAUAAAAAAAAAACCUACUCUUUAGGCACAUUUUGUAAGGAGAAUAUUUUCCAAAACUUUCUAGGUUGGUUGAUUGCAACCUAGAUGUGUUUUCCUUCAGAAAUUGGGUUACAUGUGGAGGUUAGGCCCCCAGACCAGCUAGAAAAAAAUAACCGAACUCAUAGUUGGGCUGAAAUAGAAUAAUAUGACUGCAAAAGAAUCAAGUCACCAGAUAGAAUAUAGUUCCUGGCAGGGAGGGAGGGUGUUAUGUGCUCAGAGUUGCCAAGAAUGUCACUGCUUCUUGUUGGUAGAAUCUAGACUGCCCAUCCUAAACACAUGGGAUAGACAGUGGGGUAGGGUAGCCACCAGUUAGAGGUGACCACAGUAGCCUGAAGCAUGUCUGUAGAAAAGAUGGGGAAGAAUAAGUCCACAAAGCCUGGUGGUGGAGGAAGGGUGAAGGAGUAUGAGGGGCCUCCUGGGUUGUGUAAACUUCCAGGGACAUUGCUCAGGUGGUACCUUUUGUUUUUUCUGGAAGUCUCAGGCUUGGCCUGAUUGCUUCCCUUUGUGUGACCUUUCCCUGUUCACUGCAGAAGAGGGACAUAGCUGCACAGCAUCCCCCCACUAGGCCAGCCAGGCAGCACUCAGCACCUUUAAUGACUUCAGGUUUGCUAACCUUGAUUUAACUGCUCAGUAAUCAGAGGAAAAGUUUAAAACAAAGCUCUCCAUGCACUUUCCUUUUAUAUUUAUAGACCCUGUUGAGAAAAAGAAAGGCACGCAUGGGGGUGGAUUAGAGGGCCAAAGGUGUGUGGUGAAACUCCUUGGUAUUUUGGAGGACACCCAGUGACUCCAAGGAUUGGCUCUCCAGCCUCUCAGCUGGAGGUUCUCAAAGCAAGGCCCCAGGCUAGCAGCAGGUGCCAUCUGUGAGCGUCCAGGGCCCAGUGCAGACAGUGAAGUUGAAGUCUGGGAUAGAGAGCUGUUCUAACAGCCCUCCAGGUGAUGCCAGUGGUAUCGAGUUGAGACCAACUCUAAGCUAGUUAGUGUCUCCUCUGUUCCAGUUCUACCUCGGGAGUUAGGAAGGGCUCAGCAGGAGGGGUCUCUGUGAAGAUCAGAGGGAGGAACUGUGGGGUCUCCAUCUGGGCCAUGCUGCUAGAGCUACACGAACACCUGCUCAUUCCAAACACAGACUGCCUUGCACUUGGGGGCUGCUUUGGACUGAGGCACAAUAAUACACAGUUGUGAAGAAAUCAAA